AUGUCGAGGUUGUACCUAGCUACUGCAGUUGGCCUUGUGGGAGUUUCCGCGUUAGGAAUAACACUUGACAUUCGACGUAAAAGGCGGUCAGAGUUGCACUCAUUUGGCUCUAUGCUUCGACAGUAUUUCGAGUACUUCUUCUUGUCCUUUUUUGGGGCGAGAAUGAGAAGAAAACUGGAAAAUGACAGUGCUAAUUUCGCCGAAGUGCAAGAAGAAACUUUGUUGAAGAUUCUCAAGGGAAACGCCAGUACUGAAUAUGGUGUUAGGUAUAAGUUUGGUGACAUAGAAGGCAAAAAGCAGUAUGUAGCCAUGCAUCCAUUGACAAGACAUAUUCAUUAUAAAGAAUUUAUAGGUGAGAUUUUAGGCCUUCCUUGAGUAGAAGGGAAGGCACUACUUUAUGCUGCCAUAGGCAGUGGCUGAGGGCUUGAUUGAAUUCUGCUUGGAUGCGAGGGGUGGGGGGGGGAGGGGGUGGUGCAGGUUAUCUUAAAUAAUGGAGGAGGAGGAUAGAGGGGUGGGAGCCUGGAAGAAUGGGGGGUGGGUGGGGUAAGGGAGGGGAACAGGAGAAAUGAGGGAAAAUAAUAAUGCUUAAUAUUUACAGAUGCAAACGGAUAAAUGGAGGAAGCCAUGAGAAUAGUGGUUCGAGCUGGGGAUGCAAGAAUAAUGGAAGGUGGGAAAUUUGGACCGCCCUGUUCCCCCUCUUAGAUAGAAGAGGUGAAGAAAGAGUGUCUGAGUUAAGAAAGUGGAGAAUGUGUACGUGGAAAGAGUGUCUGGAUUAAGAAAGUGGAAACUGUGUAUGUGGAUAGAAAGGUGGAACUUGUGUGCUUUUAAUAUGUAGCUUAUCCGCCAGGUAAGUUGAAUGAAGAAUGGAAUUACCAUCUGACUAUAAAUCCUAGUGAAAGAAUAAUUACCUCAAUAGUCAUCGCAGAUCUGCUUGACUUCAGAUGCCCGAUAGGUGAAUGAUGAUAGAGGGGUUGAAUGUGGCUAAAUGGAAUUUAGGCAAAGUUAAAAUAGAAACAAUGCUGGCCAGCAAUUUCUUGUUACCUGGCUUGGGGUGACCCCAGGCAUCCAUAAAUGCAGUUUGCUUGCUUGUAGUUACUUGCCGAGUCAUAUUUAGCUUGCCUGCCUUUGCCUUGCUUAAAAUUUUCUGCCCACUCCACCCUCCCAAUUGCCCCUCCUACCUAGGUAAGUAUUGGUGGUAAGUAAUCCAUUGGUGGUGGCCACUUGCAGGGUUGCCAUGGAUACCUCUUUUUCUUGCUACAGCUUUGCCCGGCUCCACCAAUCCUUAAGGCACCAGGUCCCAAGCUCAUCUAUUGGUGAUGAGUUUUAUGUUCAAUGAUGUCCACAAUGCAUGAACAAUUUAUUAUAAUGAAACUUUAUAAUUUGAGUAGACAGGUAGACACAAUUUCAGGACUGCAUUGAAGCAGUUUGUUGUUAGUAUUUGUUUAUAUAAUGUAAAUAUCAUGGGUGGCAAAUUACUCCUUAAUUUUGGCAUGAAAUUUCAGUGCUAAAAUUUAUAAUUUCACAUGUGAAAUUACAAAAAAAUCAAUUGCCGUGACAUAGCUCCGUACAUCUCAGUGCCAAGAUGGCAUCAAGGUUAAAAAAUGUUAUGAAGAUGCCUGGGCAUUAAAAACGCUUCAGAAAUCAGGAAAGUCAAAGAGCACAUCAAGAAGGAUUCUAUCAGGUUUUUUGUUGAAAAUUCAAGCUCCAAACUUUUCAGUGUGGGGAGUUCUUGAUCAACAAUUGAUAUGAUAAACAUGUCAAAAACCCAUGAUUGUGAAAGUAAUUUGUCACCCAUUAUAUUAAUAGGUAAUCAUAUGGUAUGCUUGGAAAAUUAAGGAAUAAUUUCACUUGCAUUUUGUCCACGGCAGGUGAGGGAAGUUAUUAGAAUUUAAACAAAAUGCAUAGGAAAUUAUUUCCUAAUUUCACCCACAACAAUUUGAUUACACAUACUAAUGUGUCUUUGUUAAUUACCAUGAUCAUAUAGAUCAGGUGUUGCGUGGCAAGAAGAACAUUCUUACAGCAAAGGAUCCAUAUCAGAUUGGUGUCACUUCAGGCACUUCUGGGAAAAGUUCUCUGCUUCCAACUACCAAUGACAUAUCAAAAACAUUCCUUGUCAAUGGUGUUUUUGUUGCAAUAAGUACCAUGUUUGAGGCUUUUCCUAAGGUAAUAGCCAUUUGUAAACGUGAGUAAAAUAGACCACACCUACAUGUGUAGGUCUUGUGAUAGCCUGCUAGCAGGCUCACUGGUGUGUCGGUCUGGGUAAAUUUUUGUGGCAGAGCUGGGGAGGAAAUGGGGCUCCACUGCCAAAAUUUUCCCAAAUUGCAAAAGCGAACCUCUUGAACUAACCCAGGCCAGGUUUCAGUGAAUGGCAUCACCAUGCAUAGGAUUUUGUCCACAGAUUUACUGCUACAACCCUGGACAAAACUGUUGAGACAUUUCCGUGUAAUUUUCAAUUUCGCCACAUGCAACCAUCUCGUUGAAGCGGAACAAACUCGCCCCCCAGCCCACCCCUUGCGCAAUGUUAUUUUGGCCUAACAGCUCACGUGUGCAUUUCAUCUGUUACUGCAAACAACAUUGCAACAGGGGAGGGGAGAACAGUCUCUUAAUUUGCGAUGGUAACAAUUUUGGCAGGGCGAGGGCAAAAAAUAGGAAUUUUUGUAAUGAGACUCAACAGGUUUUGUUCAGGGUUGUAGGUGCUAAAGGGAAGCAAAAUAAUCAACUCACCACAGCUUGGUCUAGGACUGGACUGAAAGGGUUCAGUGCUAAUAAUCUUCUGCUACACUGUAGCAGUUCCUUAUAACCCUUUGGACCAUCAACCUAAAAAUUCUCCUGAUUGAUCUCUGUACAUUUCCUUAAAAAAAAGAAUUCGUUGACAGAAUUUUAUAAAAAGAUCAAAGCAUUUCAGUUCCCUUAUAGGUGAUCAUUGUGGUAACUCUCAUAACCUUUUCUCUUCAUGAUGAGUUAAGAUAUUGUGAAGAGAAAAUUGAUGUUGGUCUCUCUGACUUGAAGGUUUAACAGUUCAUUAGUUGAUUCCAUUUAAAGUUUUGAAGUUGUUUCCUGGCUAUUGUUCUCUUGCAGACUUAUGAGCUACAGAAAAGCUUGAAGUUCUUUUACUCCCCAAGGUGGCAAUACACAGAGUCAGGCCUUCCCAUUGGUCCAACCUCCUCUUCACCCAGUAAUUCACAGCGCAUCCUACACCUCUAUUCAACACCAAAACCAGGGUUCGACAUCUUGACAGAACCCGAAGCUCUAUACAUUCACUUGCUGUUUGCUUUAAAGGAUAGAAACCUUGGUAUCUUGGAAGCAAACUUUGCACAGAUUGUGUAUUCGGGACUGUCAGCUCUUGAGGCACAAUGGAAGUUGCUGGUGGAGGAUAUUGAACUGGGAAAAGUGAAUCCCAAUUUGGAGAUUGAAGAUGGUGUCAGAAGGUUGGUAAUGGCUUCAAAAAUGUGCAGUAAAGCCAGUUCAAACUUUGCCAGUUGAUUUUAUUAAUAAACUGAUUUUCGAAAAAUUGAUUCCAACGGUCAUUGCCGGCACCAUUUUCAAAAUCAAAUUGGUAUUCUUACAUGGAUAGUAGCAGUUUAUUUUAGACUGAAACUUCUCUGAUUUCGGUCUUAUUAAAGUCUUUCACCCUUUGAAUUGGUAAAGUUCCCGCAAAUGUAUGAGGACAUUAUAUUGGGUCAAAAAAGAAACCUGAACAACAGAACUUUUUACCACCUCAUGUGUGAAUUCGCUGCUCAUUGCAUGUACAAGAAUGAAGAAUUGAAUCUCGUAACAACAACGACUACCGGAUUUAACUUUCAACUAAUAGAUUCAUACACAGAAUCAAGGAGUACCUAACUCUUGACCUGACUUGACUGUAAUCAUAUUUAAAUCUCACUUCCUGGGCUUUCCCAUCAGUAGACACCCAGCCCUAAUGACAACAACAGCAACAACAAUCUUUAUUUGUACUCAUUCUUGCUAAACAAUAAAUUAUGACAAUAAAAAUAAUGAAAGUAAAAUUAGAGUACUGACUGCCUGGAAUAACCAUAGGGGCUAGUGGAGCCAGGCAGCCAGUUGACAUCAGAGGAGAAGUACCUGCACCUAAAAUGAUGCAUUCCGUAAGAAUACAAUAAUUACUGCAAUCAUGAGUGAAACCCCCUCAUUUGUGACAACAACACCAACAAGCAGGUACUACUCUACAAAGAGACUCUGUAAAAACAAACUCCUCCCCCCCCUCCCCCCCACACAGAAUACAUUACCUACCAUAGAGAAUAGAGGUAAUGACGUCAGAAGAACUAAAAAAAAAAAAACAAAAUGAGCAAUGUUCACUAGCUAAGAACAAGUCUAUUGAUACAAAUUGGUGGGAAUCGAAGAAAUAAGCACUUUUAUGCUUAGAUGACUCCAUACAAAUCUUUCUAAAUUAGUGAUCCAAGUCAGUUUUAGAAGGAUUGGUAUGUGGUCAUCGGAGCAUAACGGUGUUUAUAUCUCCCCACCAAUUUGUACUAGAAGGCUGGUUAUUAGCAAGGGGGUUUUAUUCAUCUUGUAUAUGCCAACUAAUUCCAUAAUUUCACAAAUUUGAUUAUUUGUGAUGACUCUGUCAUUAGUCUAAAUGACAUGGUUACUGGUCGCUUUCCCACUUUCUAGUUAUCAUGAUGGUCAAAACCUUCCUCUUUAAACAUUACAGGUUUUAUGGUUCUCUUUUUUAAUAAAAUCAUUGGUUCUUUUGUUUGGUUUCUUUAAGAAAACUGAACAACCUUCUUAAACCAGACGGGAAACGUGCAGAGGAGUUGAAACAGGAAUUUUCCAAAGGAUUUUAUGGCAUUGUUAAUAGGAUAUGGCCUCAUAUAAAUUUGGUCCUUGCUUGCUCAACAGGUAUUUAAACUGUUAGACUUAACAUUACACAAAGAUUUAGAGGCGUUAACAAAAGACGCAGUUUUAACCAUUCGUCGUCAUCAUUUAAUGGACCAAUGAUCAGAAGAAAACACAUUGUCGUUUUCGGAUAUUCUCUUAAUUUACCUAUACAGUGCCUAGACCUUUAUUCUUGAGAAACAAGGGCGGCAGCCUGAGAAGAAGAAAGUGCGACUGCUUCUAUAGCUAGAGCAAAUGAAUUAGGCGUUGCCCUCACAACGCUAAAUGGUCAAUAACCGAAACCAUUGACAGGAUGAUAAUGGCUGAACCACUGCAGGAAUGUUUCUCACGUUUCCCGAAAACAAAAGUCUCUACUGUCUCGCGCCUUCGAACGUCUGGCUCGACGGACCUGUAGAAAAAAGAAAGACUGCUCGUGAUCCACUACACUAUAGUUAUGAAAUAGUUUUUGUUGUCUUGGUGCGUUUUAGACACUCGUGCACCUGAGGGAGAAAAGGUCAUACUUAUUGAUAUAUCUUCUUGGUUUUUUUUAUCAUUGCAUCGUAGGUUCUUCUGAACUCUACGCUUCCAAACUGAAGGAGAAAUACUUGGGCGAUAUUCCUAUUUAUUCGCCAUUUUACGGCGCAACUGAAGGGCUUAUUGGAGUCAACCUGUGGCCGGAAGAAGAGAACCCCGUGUAUAUGCUGGUACCACGGGCCAUGUUCUUCGAGUUUAUCCCUGUAGAGGAAAGCAGUGAAGAACAGCCUACUGUAUGUACACCUUAUAAUUUUUCGAUUGCUGUGAAGCUACUUAUUUUCUUUUUCUGCCUUGAGAUAUUUAUUUAAGUCUCAUUAUGGCUCUUGUUUAAGCACAUGUGGAAAAAAUUGGUUAUUCGUUUUUCGUGUUCCAAGGUCACCUUUUUUUGCACUUAGUAUUGCCUUGAGAUUUUUUGUUGAAAGACGACGAUUUAAAUCUCUGUAAAAGUUAAAACAGAUUCCCGCGAAGGGGAUAUUUAUAAGCCGUUUUUGCUCUACAUCUAAUCUCUCUGUCUAGUCAAAGUGUAUUGAGCAAGUUGCAUUGCAGUAGCUCAAGGGAGUAAAUCUCUAACAGUUUUCAUUUGUAUUCAGAAGGCGCGGUUUCCCUUUGGAGUCCAAAAACUUCACUAGGGUGCUUAAGCAACCGCCACGACGACAACAACGACAACAACCUCAAGAAACAAUUUGUUUAAUGAGCGAAACAACAGAUGUGCACGUGUCACACUUUUGGUACAUUUCUUUGACGUCACGACUACGACUUGAAACCUCCUAAUGUGGCGUUUUAUGGAGGACUUGAACAUACGACAACGAAUUUUCCUUUCUCGUUUUGAAGCUUGACAUACUCCUUAAGCAUUCCAGUCCUGAAGAAAUCGCCUGCAUUUGACAAAUUGAGCGGUCCAAUUAUUUUCCCACCCGCAAAUAACUUUUAAACUAACCGAGGCCGGGGGAGAAAGGUUUUAUUUACAGUACAAGGUUCAACUGUGAGAUGGACUAAACAACAGUAAAGAAACUACAAUACAAUAAAUAGAAUAAACUAACUUAACAAAAGUAAGUAAAUAACAAAGAGAAACUAAGAUAAUUUGUUAAACAACUUAGUAAGACGGGGGGACUUCAACUUGCCUAGGAAUUCAAGACUGUAGGAUGUUUCUUUAGCAGCGGGGACGGCAUUGCAUCUUUCAGUUUAGUCUUUAAAUUACCUCCGUCAGUGUAGAAACUUGAGAUUUGAGUUGGUUGUUUUCUCUUUUUAUGUUAGCAAUAGACUCAGGCAUAGUAUACAGGGAGACAAUAAAACAUACCAUUUAAGAAAGAAAAAGGAAAACGUUACGGAGCACAUUCAACUCACGUCCGUCCGAUCUGUCUUGGUCAGCUCACGUGACUCUUUAGACGCGUUGAAGUUCAGUUGAAAGGACGCAAAUUCAUUUUUUAGGGAAGUUUUCACUACCGUCGUCGUCCUUCUUUAAGCUCCCUUAAAUCUGAUAUAUCACCGCUAUCGCAACGCCUCGAGUGAUCAAAUUUCGUCUUGUGCCGAUUUGAGACCGUGCAAAAUGUCCAUGUACAUGCUGAAAUUUCAACGCCGUGGUCUCUGUGAGUGUUUGGGCCUGACAUUUCACACGGCAUUGAUUUACUCUCUGAAAACUUAGCAUGAAAGAAGGAGUUCAACAACGUAAGCUAAUAAAGUUUUUAAGAGUACCGUAUGUUGAUUUUAUUUCCGGAAAUUUGCGCGAACGUAAUCAAUGUUUAAUAAACUGGGCCCGGGUAUUUUUCCAUGUAUCCUUGUUAACUGCAUGUCAUUUGCUCCAUAUACAGCUAAAACCAGUCUAUUUCUAUCUUGCAGACGCUUUUCGCCGAGCAAACAGAAGUUGGAAAAAUUUAUGAGCUCGUUGUCACAACUCUGAGCGGAUUGUAUCGUUACAGAAUUGGAGACGUUGUCAAGAUCGCUCGUUUCCAUAACAACUGCCCAGUAGUUGAGUACCAGUACCGUCAAGGGCAAAUUCUGAACGUCAGAGCAGAGAAGACUUCCGAACGAGUCUUUUACGACGCACUUAAGUCAGUGCUCAACCAUGACGGACAGCGGUUUCGUUUGGUGGAUUACACAUGCGCAGAGAGUAUUAUGCUCGAUGACGAGAGUCGUGCGUUGAAAACCGCUGAUGUUAAGGGUACAGCACCUUUUUAUGUCGUGUUUUUGGAAUUGAGUUGUGGGAAACUCGAGGGUGAAGAAAUAAAGACACUUGAAAACAAGGUAUGUAAAUUGCGAUAGAAGGCCAUCACCGCGAUAGUACGAGAACGUGGUACGGGGGGAGUUCCAACCCGAUGACCAAGUACUAAACUUGGCUCUCCUACAGUCUUAGACAAAAAAGAUGGAAAAUUUGUACCUGCCCCCCUCCCCCGCCCCCCCCCCCCCCCCCCAAAACAAAGGAUGAAAAAAUGCCGUUUUUGGUUUUUGGCGGGCUUCUCCCUUUUUUGGGGGGGGGGGGGGGGGGGGGGGUUGGGUUUUUUUUUUUUUCUGUCCAAAAUUGAAGGCCCGGGGCCCCCUCCUUUAAAGAAUGGAAGGGUGGAGGAAAUUUUUUUAAAAAGAAGACGGAAUAGUGGGAGUAAGGGCCCCACACCCAGAUGAAAGGAGGCGGGUGGCGGGGGGGGUUCCACCCCUGGACACAAAAAUAAAAUUUUCGUCCCCCAAACUUUAAAAAAAAAAAAAGGGAAAAUUGUUCCCCCCCCCCCCCCCCCCCCCCCCCCCCCCCCCCCAAAUCAAGGAUGAGAAAAUGCGCGUUUUGGCUUUUGCGCGGCUUCAUCCUUGAUUUGGGAGGGGGGGGGGGGUGGGUUUGCUGUUUCAUUUUAUUCAGUCCAAGAUUGAAGCGCCGAGCUGCUCUCAGUUAAGAGAUGAAGCGAGUUAGAGAAUUUUUAUACUCGGUGGUGUGCUAAAAAGAUUGCGCCACAGACAGGGGGCGGCGAUGUUGAACUCUUGACCACUUCUAUCAAGUAGUUUACCCGAGCUAACAGCGAGCUCGACAGGAAGAGCUUUUUCCGGGGGGGGAAAGGGGAAGGGGGAGGGAGGAGGUUUUAGGGGAUGAGAACAUGACUAGGGCCUUCCCUCCCUUUUCACUUUUCCACCUCUUUUCUUAUUUGUAUUCCUGUUAACACCUUGCCACGCAGAACGGAUUAGCGAAGCGUGGGCGAUAAUCAAAACGUCAGCAAUACUCUUAUUUCGUAAGUAAAACCUGUUGUUUGAUAUUUUAAACCCUUUUUUGAGGUAUAUGUGAAGUCUUCGGCUUCUCAUGGGGCGCAAAAUCUGUUUCUUUUGUGUCGUUAUCUAGUGCUCCUAUUGGACACAAGUAACCUCGAACCCCAUCGUCUCUCAGUCAAAACCUCCUACAUCAUAACAUGCAAAAGUCUUAACAAAGCGGUCCUUAGAAGCUUUGUUUGUAAUGGUUCGUAACGACAAUUUGCACCCUCAGUUAUUUUGUUAAAUCUAUUUUUUUUUGCCUUCGCAGCUCGACCAUGCCUUGUGCGAGUUCAGUCCUGUUUACGAAUCUUUCCGACAGAAAGGGAGCAUAUGUCAUCUUCAGCUUUUCACAGUAAACAAAGGGACUUUCGUAGGACUCAGAAAAUAUCUUCUACGCAACAAUCCUGCCGCAGCUAAUCAGAUUAAAAUACCGCGUGUUAUAAAAACUAAACAAGCCCUUGAUGUGCUUUUAAAUAAUAUUUACUGACCACUUAUGUGAAUAAAUGUGAUGAAAGCACAUUUUGCCAGACUAACAACAACUUUUAAGCCGUCGUGGCACCACUACGAGACAAGUUGCUCGCAGAGCUUAAGUGAGAAUCGCCUUCAGUACGUUAGUCCAAUGCGAGAGCAGUGUAGGUAGACCUCUGUACAUUUGGUAAUUGAAUGGAUAUUGUAAUAAAGGUAACUGCAGUUUGUUUAGUGGAUAGUACUAUCCAUCUUUUGAAAAACCGGGGUUGAUGGUUUUUACAAUUUUUCACCCAUUCUGUCCAUCAUUCAAAUCAUCAGGAAAUCGAAACAGAAGGAUACUCGAACAAACUGUCGCUAGAAAUGAGUAAAUUUUGGCCAAGAACAGGACUGAGGGCGAGCUUAAUUUUAAGCCAGUUACGUAACAAAUAUGUGCGUAAACUCUUCAUAAACUCGCUUCCCUUAUACGUAGGCGCUUAUUAAUUUUUUCAUGAUUCUGUCAGGAGGCUAUUGAAACCGCAAAAAAUCCUUCCGUCAUUCUGUUCUUAUUUUACUCAAACGACUCAAGAUUUUACUACAAAGUGUUUUUUAACGACUAUGUGGAUGUUGUUUGUUUCUCGGUCUAGGAGACUUAUUACUCGAUGAGAAAAAUGUGAAGUUUUGUGAGGGAUGAGAAAAAAAUUCGCAUUAGAGAUAAACCUAUUUCAGACGCUCAGCUUGCUUUUUAGAGCUUCCGACACAACACAUUUUCGAAGCCGGGAGUUUAUGACAGCGACAACGUCUGGGCCUUAAUGGCCCAGACGUUGUCGAUGUCAUGAGGAGCAAAUAAACUCAUUUGAAUUACACCGCAAAACAAGCGGUCAUUACGCGAUAAAAGGUUGCUUUAAUUUUUUUGUG